AUGUAUGAAGUCUCAUCUUGGGCCGAGGAUGUCCUUUUUCGCCUCCGCCAUUAUGGGAACUGGGAGCAUCCUCGCACGAGUGCUAACAACAUUUUUAACAAUGGCCCUGUUUUACCAAUCGUGGAUUCAUUACGAAUUAGUUCCGCGUAUAGUUACCGCCCGCCGGCGGCGCCACACCACCGCAAUUCACGAGAAAUUGACAUCUCAUUGCAAGAUUUCAAAAUAUCAGAGACUAAUUGCUCUUUGAAAAAACGGCACAUGACUUGCUUG